CCAGCCCCUCCCUGAGCGGCAGCCAGGGCGGGCAGGAAGCUUGUCUUCCUCCAUCGCCAGGGACAACCCAAGCCUCCAGCUUCAUGGCCGAUGCCAUCUUUAUUGGGUUAAUUUGCAUACUCAACCUGAUUGGCUGGUGGGCAUAGCGGGCCAGCGCACGCACUCCAGUGGGCCAGCGCACGCACUCCAUGGUGACACGGGGGACGCUCCUACCCUGACCUAGGCUCCCUGGCAUCCAUGCGCACCACCCUGCCCCUGUCUCCCUAGUGCCUGUGCAUGCACCAGCAGCUGCAGGGCUGAAACUUCCCCCGCAUCGCCAUGGCAACAUGGGGGAAGUACCUGCCCCAUACCUGGCUGCCCAGUGCCUGUGUGUGCAAAUUAGCCCUCCAUCUUUGUCAGGUUAAUUUGCAUACUCUCUCUGAUUGGCUGGUGAGUGUAGUGGAGGGACAGUUAAUUUGCAUGUUUCUCUUUUAUUAUAUAGGAUUGUUGUAAAGAUAUAUAUUUUUAAAGAUAUUUUUAUAUCUCCACAAAAUCUUCCCAAUUGUACCUCAAAACCUUGCUUCCCUCUUUGAUUGGAUUUCAGAAUGGAAUAGACCUAGAAUUUUUUCCCCCUCACCAAAAUACCUGCACUCUGUUUAGUCCUUUAUUUAGGGUUACCUCAGGUUUCCAUUUGGACUGAUAAACUUGUAACCCACAUCCACAUUUCAGUUGAGUUUAGUAUCAGCGUAAAACCACUUUAAACUGCCAUGUGUCAUGUGAGCUCUUGCAGAGACCACAAGUGGUGGGGGUGUGUUUCCAUAAGAGCUUCUUGUUGGGAUUUUUGAGAUGUGAACACAUUUUCUAAUACAUGUCUUAUAUUACAUACUAGAGGCCUGGUGCAUGGGAUUUGUGCACUGGUGGGGCUGUGGCCUGUGGGGAUCAGCCUGCUGUGGGAGCACUGAACAGUCAGCUGAGCAGCUGUGGACCCUGGUCUGGCAUUUUCUGGGAGCUGGAGGACUCGCCUCUGCAGGGGACCUGGUCAGGGGUGGGCCCAGGGACAAUAGCACUGAGAGGCGACCAUGAACCCACCUCCCAGCCUCCAGGGUCAGCUCUAUGAGCCCAGCAGCAGCGGCGCUGCACGGCCUGCGGGCGUCCAGAGGAGGCAGCAGGGAGCAAGAAGCAGAAGCCUGGGGUGAGGAAGCAACGUCCGCAACGCAGGUUCCUGCCUGUCAGCCCAGGGUUCACAGAGGGAGCAGCCGCUCAUCCCAGUCAGCCAAGCAGCGCUCCCACAGUGGUAGCGCACUGACCACCAGGGGGCAGCUCCUGCCUUAAACAUCUGCCCCCUGGUGGUCAGUGUGUAUCAUAGUGACUGGUCAACCGGUCAUUCUGGUCGUUCCACUGUUCGGUCACUGGGCUUUUAUUAUAUAGGAUAUUAUGCAAUGUUAUUGUCCAAGGUCAGUCAUCACUGGGAGGUUACUUCUGACAUUUACUGAUUGUAACAGUGUGUUACAGUAGACAGUCUGCUAACUUACAACGCAGUUCCUGGUGUUCUGUCUACAGCUUUUACCAGUUGCCAACAUGUUAUCUUUUAAAAUAUUUUUUAUUGAUUUCAGAGAGGAAGGGAGAGAGAGAGAGAGAGAGAUCGAAACAUCAGUGAUGAGAGAGAAUCAUUAAUGGGCUGCCUCCUGCAUGCCCCCAACUGGGGAUCAAACCCACAACCUAGGCAUGUGCCCCCCGACCGGGAAUCAAACCAUGACCUCCUGGUUCACAGGUUGAUGCUCAACCACUGAACCACACCUGCCAGGCCCAAUAUGUUAUCUUUGAGGAACAUAGAGUCAGAAAUCCAGCCACACUUAAAUAGGAGAUGCUUGGAUGUGUAUAUAAGGAAGCAGGGCUCCCAUGAAGGCAGUAUCUUUAUACUAUGCUAUCGUAGAAAUGACAAUUAUACUCAAGUGAGCCCAGUGCUGUUUUCUUAGGUGCAUCCUUUGUGUUUCUGGUGUCGGUCUCUUCAUCAGAGGAUGGCAUUAGCCCUGUGUCUGCAGGUGCUGGGCAGCCUGGGAGGCUGGCUCUCCCUCUACAUUUCUUGCUGCCACAUGAAUAAGCACCGAAGCUACGAAUGGAGCUGCCGGCUGGUCACACUCGCCCAUGGAGUCCUCGCGAUAGGCCUCUCAGCGUACAUUGGCUUCAUUGAUGGCCCCUGGCCUUUCACCUACCCAGGCUCACCCAAUACACCUCUGCAAGUGCGCGUCCUGUGUCUCACCUUGGGCUACUUUAUCUUCGACUUGGGCUGGUGCAUCUACUUCCAGUCUGAGGGUGCCCUGAUGCUGGCACACCACACUCUGAGCAUCCUGGGCAUCACCAUGGCCCUGGUGCUGGGAGAGUCGGGGACAGAGGUCAAUGCAGUCCUCUUUGGAAGUGAGAUUACCAACCCCUUGCUGCAGCUGCGCUGGUUCCUCCGAGAAACGGGGCACUACCACAGCUUCACGGGCGACGUGGCGGACGUCCUCUUCGUGGCCCUGUUCACUGGAGUGAGGAUCGGCUUAGGAGCUCGCCUCCUUUUCUGUGAAAUGGUCUCACCCAAGCCCAGGUGGUUUAUGAAGGCAGGGGGCAUAGCCAUGUACGCUGUGUCCUGGUGUUUCAUGUUAAGCAUCUGGCGCUUCGCCUGGAGGAAAAGCAUCAAGAAGUACCAUGCCUGGAGAGGCAGGCGGGGCGAGGAGCCGCAGCGGGCACAUCCUGGGCAUCUCCAGGCGCACUAGCCGACACCUACCGCGGCUGAUGGGUGGGGUGUUAGCCUGGGGCCCAGGCUGGAAAUAGGGCUGUUAUGGAGCCAUGCUUGUCUAACACAUGUAGGUUUCAGAGAAAGGGCUCCCUGAUCAGUCCGUGUCCAAGUGGAGCACACACCAGUACUAAACCCCUAACUCCGGCCGCGGUGCAGUCGGAGGCAGGCAGGCCGCAUUCCUUCCGGUUUGUGCUGACUGUGGUCCUGCAGCUCCUGGGCAGCGGAGGUUCUUAUCGCUCGGAGAGGAGCCCGGAAAAGAUUGGCGCUACUUCGUCCUUAUUCCUUUGAGGGGUGACUUUUUCAACAAACGCUACCCUGUUUUCCGUGUAGCAAUUUAAGUAAAUCCCACCAUUUACUACAAAGUGAGUGCCUGUUAGGGAGACUCUUGCCUUUGGCAUUCUGAGCAUUGGAUCAGAGAACGGCAUCUACUUACUUAACCAAAGGGGGGGGCGGGGGAGGCGCGGUGAGGGGCAGAACUGUGGCUGCGGGGUGGGUUACUGGUUCAGCCUCCCUGUGCCAACGAGGUUGGGUCCCCAAGGCUACGCGUUUGGGUUUGGUAUAUGGUGAGAGGACUCCCUGGACCCAGCAUGUAGUUGUGCUCAUAGCUCUGAUUCAUCAUAGUGCAAGGGCACAAGGAGAGAGCAGCAAGAGGAAAGGUGCCAGAGCAGACCCAGGGGAAGCCCAGGCCCACACGUCCGAGUCCUCUCCCAGUGGCCUCCUCUAGCCAUGGCUUGUGACAAUAUGUGUGACAAGCCUGCCAAGGAAGCUCAUUCGAGGCUCAGGUUUCCUUGGGCUGGCCACGCAGGCAGCCUUUGGCUGGCACGUAGCAAAGCUCCUGACUGCCAGAAGGGAAGUCGGUGCUCAGCAUAAACCAUGUGGCUUGUACAGUGAGCCAGGCUGGUUGGUUCAUGGAGCUCUUCCCAAAUCCGUGUUCCCAGAUGCCCGCCAAGAGCCAGCCUUCCCAAGGACAGCAGCUCAGGCCUGCUGUGUUCACUCUUCUGCUCAGAAUCCACAGAGCUGGGGCUUGGGUGAGAGAUGGAGGAGGUGUGGGCAGGCUGACCCAGUCCUGCUGUAUGGGUUCUGCUCUGCCAGGGAAAAUGCCCCUUGUCAGGGCUUUUGUGCAUUAAUGUCCUGGGCAUGAGCGGCUGUGAUGGAAUUCCACAGGAUUUCCCAUGUGGACGCCACUGGACUAGAGGGAGACGGCAGUUCCGACCGCAGGUCUGCUAUGCUUCAUGCAAACUAGAACCAAAGACCGAAGUGUGUAGUGGCCUCAGGGUAACGAGUCAAAGUUUUUCAUUUUGGACACACCCCCCUUUAGUCCUGUUACUAUUUUUUCUUUUCUCUGGAAAAGGCACCACCAUCUGUGGACAACAUAUUAUGACAAGGCCAGUCUCGGAAGGAACAACAACAACAUGAGUGUGAUAUUCUCUGACCUCACCCAGGAAAAGCAAGAAUGUAAACUUAGAACGAGAAGUUUGGAAUCAAGAAUUCCUGCUUUCUUUUACAGAAUGUGGCUACUCCCUGGCCAACUCAUUUGGGCAGGUCACUUAUUCAUUCUUUGCCUCCGUGCAAAUCCUGGUGUGAAUGAAUGAAAUACCCCAUUGUGCAUCUCAUAGAGACAUUAGGUAGCAUUUCUUUAAUGGAGGGCUUUUAUGGGGGAAAAAAAGCAUUAUUUAUUUAUAUCUUUGCUAUUUGUUUGUUUGUUUGAUGAUGUUACUUAGAUCGGUGGUGAUGGGUCGGCUUUGUUGGUGGGAAAGUGUACAGGGCUAGUGAAGUCAGGGCUGAAGGCCAGUGGAAGUUUCAGCUCAUCGAGGUCACUGGGAAUAAGAACCUUAUGAGGGUUCUUGAAAGUGUAGGUCACUGGCCGCACCAGCAGAGUGCUUGGGGCCACACAGAGUCAUCAUUGCUCCGUGAAAUGCAGUUCAAAGGCAUGUUAACAGUGCACCUUUUUAAAAUGGUUGUCAUUUGGUUAGAGUUUUGCUGGAUGUGGAAAUAAUCUGACAGUAAUAUCUCUAUCUCUUUUUUUUCUUCUGUGAUCAGAACCCCUAAAAUGCUGGCUAGUUUCUCUCCAACAAAAUUAUGGUCAAAGUCAGGUGCUGGGGAGUGCUGACUUCAGAAAAGCCUAGCAGAAAGUGGCACGGAGCGAGCUCUGGAAAGAAACGCAGCAGCUGGCUCUUAAAGUGUGGCCCCGUGCAACCCGCUCCAUACCAGACCCUGAACAGGCUUCAUCUGCUGCCAGUUCGUGCCCCAUAACUCCUCAGAGGUGGAGGGGAUGGGGAUUGCGGAUCUUGUUGCUUUGGGGUACUCCCGUGUGAGUGUAUGUAGGUCUUUGAAAUUUGAGAAACCUAAAGAAUGAUAAGGGAAAGAGAAUCGCUCAUCUCCGCUUAUCUUGUUGUUGUAACUAGUAAACGUGAAGGAAACUGAGAGCUGUGAAAUGAAGAUGAGCACUAGUUGGGAAGCUGAGGCCACAAAGGGCUGAUUGACAUGCGGCACGGUCAGAGGUAACGAGUGCUCCUUCGCAUCUGGAUUACUGUGAUAAUUAACACUGCUCGAGAGGGUUUAUAUUUCAAUAUGAUUUGUACUGUUUUAUAAAAAUAAACAACUUUU